CACCAAAUCAUCAUCUUCGCAAGAAACUGAAGCUCGGAAACCUAACAAUGGCGAUCGGAAAAUCAAACAAGCUGUCGCAGGCGGCGAUGAUCAAGCAGAUGAUUAAGAGAUGUUCCAGCAUAGGGAAAAGGCUGCAACACGGGUACGACGAUGUCCCGAAGGGGCAUUUCGUGGUUUACGUCGGAGACAACAGAAGCCGGUACAUCGUUCCGAUCACGUUCUUGACGAGGCCGGAGUUUCAGCGCCUCCUGCAACGCGCCGAGGAAGAGUUCGGGUUCGACCACGACAUGGGACUCACCAUUCCCUGCGACGAACAUUUCUUCCAAUCGCUAAUGUCAAUGCUUAGGUAAAACGAUACGAUGAAGUUUAAUAAUGAAGAAUAAGAUCGAGAGAUGUUGGUCGGCCGGUCGGUCCAGGGAAGGGCUUCUUAAUUAGCUUAUUAUUGUGCUUGUUUGAAGCCUAGAUAGCAUAUAGCUAGCUAGCUAGCUCCCAUUUAAGGAAUUAGUUUAUUGUGAAUUCAGUGAUAAACCUCUGGGGUUCUAUGAUGUUUAUCAGACAAUAAUUGUUAAAAGUUGUAAAGUUUGUAUGUAGUUUGCUCACGGUGGUGUUUGAUCAUACCUUUGUACCCUGUGAGGGAACUUAUAUUAAUUAAUUAAGGAUUC